AUGGCAACUUCUGACCCACCAAAUUUCCUUCCCUCAGUAACCAACCGUGUGCGCCGCAACCCCCACAUUCUUCCCUCUAUCCCAUCUUCUUUGAACUCUUGGAUCCUUUCGGCUCGACGAAAUGACCGUGUUUCUUCAGAUGCUCACUAUGCUAAACUUUUGAGAAAAACACGCAGAGAAUCUUUCCUUCAGCAGCGAAUUCGCAACUUUUUUCAAACUGUAGACCAAAAUGAAAAUUCAGUUGACGAUGAUGAUCGUGAUGGCCAUGAAUACUACAAUAACUCUAAGGACUCAACGAAUGCGCUGGCGCCCUCUCAGUCUUUAGAUUCAUAUGUUUCUUAUGACUCAGAUAGACCCAUGGCACCGUUAGAGGCUUCUCCUCGUCGGAGACACAGUAUGGCAUCAGCCUUUGUUCCUACAACUCCUCAAGAUGAUGAUGAAGAUUUGCUCAAACUUCUUCAACAAAGUCCGUCACGAGCAUACCAGUACUUUGUUUCACACCGUAGGCUUUCUUCAGGGUCAUAUUGUACUUGCCGUCGUCGAUCCGCUUCUGUAACGGUUUCACCGUCCUCUCUUUAUACUCCUAAAGAGCAACGACAGCAACCUGGUCGUGCAUACUCUUUUGGUGGUUUGCUGGAAUCCCGCCCUAACCUUGUGCAGCGCCACACAUUUCCAACUAUCUAUGAAAACGUUUGUCUCAACACUAAGGUUUUUGAGGACGAUGACGAUGACGAAGAUGUAGAAUAUGAAGAUAAUCAUAAAGAUACCCACAACAAAAGUUCACCAUAUACACCGUCUACAUCGCCACGUCGCAGGCCCGCAGACUUUUACUAUCCCUCACCUACUUCUCCCAAAGUCGUUGCAACAUCUCCUGAAGCUCGAUUGCGCGCACGUGUUCAUGCAGUCAAACAACCCGCAACAGUUUUUUUUCACCAAGACUUUUCUUUUGACAAAUGCGGUCGGCCAUGGGCUGCGCAUCCCUGGACUGCGCAUCCAUCUUGGCACCGUUUUAUGCGUGUUCAAUACAAACUUUCUGGUCUUGAGGAUACUUGGAAAACUCAACGAGUAAGCUUUUUGCAAGCCUUUCGCCGCGACCGACUUCAACAGCGCGCAAGCAGUCGCAGAAUGUCAAAUCCAUUUUAA